UAGGUUGGCGGCUAUGGGCACUGGGGGCGGGUGGCUUUUGCUGCCGCCGCCGCUGCCAGCGACCCGUCGUCGGGGUCCUGCGUGAGGUCCGGCUGGCCCGGACUCGCCUGUGGGGUGGGAUGGACUGGUUACCGGACCAAGUCCCCUGCAGUUGGCAGGAGUAUGGGGCGGAGUGAUGCACGCCCCGGCGCCCAGUGUCGUUCUAGUUGUCAGAGGCAUCACUUCGGACCGUGCGCUGCCGGUGGCUGCGGUCCCGAGCCGGGAGCCCCUUUGCCGGGGUUGGAACUACGCUGCGCGGCCAGCGGGAGGUCCCCAAGGACGGAGUCGAAAGGUCAUAUCUUAUCUGUCAGUGCUGUGUACAGCAUCCCGACCGCACCUGCAGAGCCGGAACUAGGUCCGUAAUGCCUCCUGCCUGGCUCUUUCAAGAUGGAGGAGAAACCGGUGGGAGAGCCUACUCAAGUGGUGUCUAAAUUCAAACUUUCCACCAAGGGAGAGAGUGCAGGACACUGGCUGGUGGAGGACCAUGCGCGGAUAUGGGAAGUUCUAAAGACAGAGGAGAGCUCGAUUCAGGACUGGGGUGAAGAGGUAGAGGAAGGAGCUGUUUACCAUGUCACCCUCAAAAGAGUCCAGAUUCAACAGGCUGCCAAUAAAGGAGCAAGAUGGCUAGGGGUUGAAGGGGACCAGCUGCCUCCAGGACACACAGUCAGUCAAUAUGAGACCUGUAAGAUCAGGACCAUAAAAGCUGGCACCUUGGAGAAGCUUGUGGAGAACCUGCUGACGGCGUUUGGGGACAAUGACUUUACCUAUAUCAGCAUCUUUCUGUCAACAUACAGAGGCUUUGCCUCCACCAAAGAGGUGCUGGAGCUGCUGCUGGACAGGUAUGGAAACCUGACAAGCCCAAACUGUGAAGAGGAUGAAAGCCCCAGUUCAUCAGAGUCUAAGAUGGUGAUCAGGAAUGCAAUCGCCUCGAUCCUGAGGGCCUGGCUUGACCAGUGUGCAGAGGACUUCCGAGAACCCCCUCACUUCCCUUGCUUACAGAAACUGCUGGAUUAUCUCAAACGGAUGAUGCCAGGCUCCGAUCCGGAGAGAAGAGCGCAAAAUCUUCUGGAGCAGUUUCACAAGCAAGAAGUGGAAACUGACAAUGGGUUUCCCAACACCAUCUUCUUCAGCCUGGAAGAGGAAGAGGAACCGGAAGGUGGAGGGCCCGCAGAAUUCACGUGCUUCCCAGAAGACCUUGUGGCAGAGCAGCUGACCUACAUGGACGCCCAACUAUUCAAGAAAGUAGUGCCUCACCACUGCCUGGGCUGCAUUUGGUCUCAGAGGGAUAAGAAGGAAAACAAACAUUUGGCUCCUACCAUCCGUGCUACCAUCUCUCAGUUUAACACCCUCACCAAAUGUGUUGUCAGCACCAUCCUGGGGGGCAGAGAACUCAAAACUCAACAGAGAGCCAAAGUCAUCGAGAAGUGGAUUAACAUUGCUCACGAAUGUAGAAUCCUGAAGAAUUUUUCUUCCUUGAGGGCCAUCAUUUCGGCACUGCAGUCCAAUUCCAUCUAUAGGUUAAAAAAGACCUGGGCCGUCGUCCCAAAGGACCGAAUGCUGAUGUUUGAAGAGCUUUCAGAUAUCUUCUCUGACCAUAAUAACCAUUUGACCAGCCGGGAACUCCUAAUGAAGGAAGGAACCUCAAAAUUUGCAAACCUGGACAGCAGUGUGAAAGAAAACCAGAAGCGGACUCAGAGGAGGCUUCAGCUCCAGAAGGACAUGGGCGUGAUGCAGGGAACUGUGCCCUACCUGGGCACCUUCCUGACCGACCUCACCAUGCUUGACACUGCUCUUCAGGACUACAUUGAGGGUGGGCUGAUAAACUUUGAGAAAAGGAGAAGGGAAUUCGAAGUGAUUGCCCAAAUAAAACUCUUACAGUCUGCCUGCAACAGCUAUUGUAUGACCCCAGACCAAAAGUUCAUCCAGUGGUUUCAGAGACAGCAGCUUCUAACAGAGGAGGAAAGCUACGCCCUGUCCUGCGAGAUCGAAGCGGCUGCUGACGCCAGUGCCACCUCUCCCAAGCCUCGGAAGAGCAUGGUGAAGAGGCUCAGCCUACUGUUUCUGGGGUCGGACAUGAUUACUAGUAGCACUCCCACCAAAGAGCAGCCCAAGUCCACUGCCAGUGGGAGCUCUGGUGAAAGCAUGGACUCUGUCAGCGUGUCGUCCUGCGAGUCAAACCACUCAGAGGCCGAGGAGGGCUCUAUCACCCCCAUGGACACACCGGAUGAGCCUCAAAAAAAGCUCUCUGAGUCUUCCUCAUCAUGUUCCUCUAUCCAUUCCAUGGACACAACUUCCUCAGGGAUGUCGUCCUUAAUAAACCCCCUCUCCUCCCCUCCAUCCUGCAACAACAACCCCAAAAUCCACAAGCGCUCCGUCUCUGUGACAUCCAUUACCUCGACAGUGCUGCCUCCCAUUUACAACCAACAGAACGAAGACACCUGCAUAAUCCGCAUCAGUAUAGAGGACAACAAUGGCAACAUGUACAAGAGCAUCAUGUUGACGAGCCAGGAUAAAACCCCUGCCGUGAUCCAGAGGGCGAUGCUGAAGCACAACCUGGACUCGGACCCAGCGGAGGAGUACGAGCUGGUACAGGUCAUCUCGGAGGACAAAGAACUGGUGAUCCCAGACUCAGCCAAUGUCUUUUAUGCCAUGAACAGCCAAGUGAACUUUGACUUCAUUUUACGCAAAAAGAACUCCAUGGAAGAACAAGUGAAAUUGCGUAGCCGGACCAGCUUGACAUUGCCCAGGACAGCUAAACGGGGCUGCUGGAGCAAUAGGCACAGCAAAAUCACCCUCUGAAGGGAGGGACCAAUGGCCCCUUGCUCGCCAAAGGCGGAGCGGGGCUGAGAACAGGCCGUGGUGAUUGCAACGACCAUCCAGUGUUAGAGGAUCAUUGGUGAAGUCCACAGCUAUUUAUUGAGUACCUCUGGUGUGGAAGGCACUAUGACAGGCAUCGUGGGGGAAAUCGGAGAUGAGUUUGACAUGGAAAGGAUGAAUGUUUCACUGAUUCUCUUUGACCUAUUUGAGACUGAAAUGCAAAAUUAUCCACUUUUAUAAAUAAAUAUAUAUGUACACAUAUUUGGUAUGUAUGUGUGUGUGUAUAUAUAUAUAUAUAUACACACAUAUAUAUAUGCGUAUAUAUAUACAUAUAUAUAUAUAUGUAUAUAUAUACGUAUAUAUAUAUAUAUAUAUAUGGGACUUAGGGAUAUUCUGGACUAUGGAAAAAUGAAUUUGCACAAUGGCCUGGGAAGUUGAGGUCACUUUUUACAGGGAAAUAGAAAGAACUGAAAACCUAGUGUCAUACCUUCCAUGUAAAUGGAAUCAAUCCUAGGAAUACAGAGUGUCCUUUGUGCCAGUAUUAUAAGAAGUCCAAACUGUUUCUAUAAGGGAGAGAAUGACUUUCUCCAUCAAGUGCCACCAGAAGAGAUCUGCAGAGGCUGGAACUGCCACGGCUGAAUGAAAGGCCACUUUGGAAAGGGUUUGGAUGAGCCAGUGGCUUUUGACCUCUGCCCGCAUCUGCCGCUUUCUGCGACCCCAGGGAGGGCGAGAGGAGCAUCGGAGGCCCAUCGGACCCGCUGGUCCAGCCCCCGUGACACCUCUGGAGCCAACGCAAGCCCAUUUUGGUUUCUGGCAACUGCCUUGUGUGUCCGUUCCCCCUGCUCAAGAACAUAUCACAAUCAUUACUGUACAAGUAGCCAUGCUCUUUGGUAACUUACCAGCCGGAAAAGAAAGCACAAAAGGAUGGGGACUCGUUUGGACUCUUACCUGUCUCGGAAUGCCACUUCUUCAUUGCCAUUUCUGAUUGCCUUCUUUUGCAUGUAACACUAUAUGUCUGGAGUCUUUUGCCAUCUGGAUUGUAGUACCUCUAUAUUACGUGCAAUUUAUUCCUCAGGUGUAGAAAUUCCUACUGCGAUCGACUAUAUUUGAUCAUUUUGAGCCUGUGAAAGAUUUCAGAACAGCGACUGCUCUGUUAAUAGCCCCUCAGAAGAUGUUCCCUGCUGAUAGCAGUGUCCUGUUUUACUCACUAACUUUUAUAGCAUUACUGUGCCUAGUCAUGGGGAAAGAAAUGGGGCUACGUAUAUGAUCUGAAUCAUUUCUUAAUGAGGUACAUUCUUCCAGAUGGAAUCAAUAACAUUUUUUUUUCAGGUCCCCACACUUGCUAUCACAGUGUUACUGUUAAGUGACAUUUUUGUCUCUAGUAACACCAUCACCCUCUCCCUUCCAAAUCUGAGCUGUGCUGGGGGUUUGAACCAAAAAGCCAUAUGUGCGAUAUCAACAUGUGUAAGAAGCACUUUCAGAAUGUCCUUUUUAAGAAAAAACUCUCAAAAUUCCAGUUUUUAUUCUAAAAAUAAAAAGAACAAACCCAGAUAUAAAGCAUAGAUUGUAAAAUGGAGCUUUUUUUUUUCCUUUGUCCUAAUCCUGUAAAGACAGCUCCCAAAGGUUAUGUGAGAUUUAUGUUAUGUAAAUAGCCAUAUGAAAUCUGCAAGAAACACCAGGGAAAGUUUAGAGAUUCGUGGCAGUGGACCAAAGAAUGAGCCGGGAAGGCCUCAAAUUUCCCUUAGGUCUUUCGAGGAGAGCAGACUGUGCAUGAUAAAGAGCGCCUCGGUUUCAACCAGUCGAAAAGCACUUUGUUCUGUUUGCAAGGCUCGUCCGAUUUGCGCUUCUGUGCUUGGAGGAGAGACGGCCGGGGUGCUAGACAUCAUGGAGACUGGAGAACAUGUAGCCUCAGCCUGAAUUUCUGGGUUCGAAGGUCACAAAAUACAGAACUGUUGGCCUAGUUUAGGGUGCGGCUAUGAAGACAUACGUGUUGUGCCGUGUGCUCGCCCUAUGUAUUGUACUGUAUAUGUAGAGUCUAGAUUUAUAUACUGCAAUGUAAAAAUAUAUAUAUAUAUAUAUUUUUUUUUCCUUUUUUAAAGACGAUGGAAACUCCAAGUAGAUAAAACAUAGCCUCAUUUAUUUAAUGCCACUUGAAAUGUCUUAAAUUUGUUUCCCGGUGGAUAGCCGGGUGAUGCUUUCAGCUGCUCGCAUGCUUGUCUUUCUACAGCUCCAUCAUCUGUUUACCUUUUGGUUAAACUAAUAAACUGGUUUGGGACUUGGCUGGCAUGUGCUGCCAGACCCAAAGGGA